AUGGGAAAUGGUUAUUACUUUUGGAACCCUAAGUUUGUCGAGACCAAUGCUUGCCUCCUUCCUGCUGUCUUGUCUGAGCAGAGAGCUUCAGACUCCAUUGUUAUUUAUCGAGGCUGGACUUUCUUCACCAGGAUACAUCUCCUGCCCCACAUGGAACCAGGCAAUGUUACACGAAUUUCAGAGUUUCUUCUCCUGGGACUAUCAGAGGAACCAGAACUGCAGCCCAUCCUCUUUGGGCUCUUCCUCUGCAUGUACCUGACCACUGUGUUGGGAAACCUGCUCAUCAUCCUGGCUGUCAGCUCCAACUCCCACCUCCACAUGCCCAUGUACUUCUUUCUCUCCAACCUGUCCAUGGUAGACAUCUGUUUCACUUCUACCACUAUCCCGAAGAUGCUGGUGAACAUCCAGACACAGAGCAAAGCCAUCACUUAUGCAGGCUGCAUCACCCAGAUGUAUUUUUACAUACACUUUGCAGUGUUGGAUGACUUCAUCCUUACUGUCAUGGCCUAUGACAGGUAUGUGGCCAUCUGUCACCCUCUGCACUACACAGUCAUCAUGAACUCCCGCCUCUGUGGGCUGCUGGUUCUGGGGUCCUGGAUCAUUAGUGUUCUGAAUUCCUUGUUAGAAAGCUUAAUGGUUUUGGAUCUGUCCUUCUGCUCAGACUUGGAAAUUCACCACUUUUUCUGUGAACUCAAAGAGGUGGUCCAACUUGCCUGUUCUGACAUCUUAUCUAAUGACAUUGUGAUGUACUUUUCAGCAGGGCUGCUGGCUGCUGUUCCCCUUACUGGGAUCCUAUAUUCUUACUCUAAGAUAGUGUCCUCCAUAUGUGCAAUCCCAUCAGUACAGGGGAAGUAUAAAGCAUUUUCUACCUGUGCAUCUCACCUCUCAGUUGUUUCCUUGUUUUAUGGUACGAGCCUAGGCGUGUAUCUUGGCUCUGCUGAUACCCACAGCUCAAAGUCAAGUGUAACAGCCUCAGUGAUGUACACUGUAGUCACACCCAUGCUGAACCCCUUCAUCUACAGUCUCAGGAACAAGGACAUAAAGAGGGCCUUGAAAGAUUCCUUGCCAGGUUGGCUUCUCAAGGGCCAACUGUAUGUGUCUGAAGAACUGCCCAUGAAUGUUUGA